ACGUGAAACGUCAGCCGAAUGGUUCCGCGACAUGUCAAGUCAACGACCGCAGUGCGCAGGCGUACAGAAAUGGAGCCGUGAAAGGAUGACGUUUGUCGCGAAGUAUACACAAAACGAAAAAAUCUCAUUAUCUUGUGAUUUUCAGCCUCAAGAAACUCAGUGAAAGCAAAGGGAAAGAUAUUCUUAUCGGCGUUUGUAGGAUCGAUUUGUGAUUGCUUUGUUGCUCGCCCCAGACAGGAAGUGGCCGUACCCCGAAAAACAUGAACAAAUCGAGCGAGAAAAGUAUACACGAAAUGUUGAAAAAUACUCCGUCCAUGAACGACAGCACCGACGUGGUGCAUACCGGGUCCGAGCAGCAAACAAUCAAGCACUCGACCACGCUAACGCUGCGCAACGUUAGCAAUCACAGUCUAACGUCGCCGACGUCCGUCAGCCUGGAGGACGAAUCGGCGUACAUCAAGAAUGGAUCGUCCAAGCUCGAUACGUUCCGCAACUGGAGCAUUACCACGUACAAAUGCACCAAACAGAUCAUGCUGGAAAAGUUGGGCAAAUCGACACGCACCGUUGACCUCGAGCUCGAGGCCCAAAUCGACCAGCUGAAGGAAACGCAGAAGAAAUAUUUAAGCAUAUUACGUUUGUCGCGUGCAUUUACGUCCCACUUUUACAACUGCAUGCAAACCCAGAGCCUGCUGUCGGAAACGUUUGCCGAUCUGGCGCAGAAGAGUCCGGAGCUGCAGGAAGAAUUUCUGCGAAACGCCGAAACGCAGCGAAUUUUGACGAAAAAUGGCGAGCUGCUGCUGAACGCGCUUAACUUUUUCAUUUCGUCCAUUAACACGCUGUGCAAUAAAACCAUCGACGACACACUGCUCACCAUUCGGCAGUACGAGUUGGCCCGCGUCGAGUACGACGCGUACCGGGUGGAUAUGGAACAGCAGCGAACGGGUGGCAGCGAGCCGCAGCAGAAAUAUUCCAACGAUGAGGUACAGAAAAAGUACGAAAAAUGUAAGGACCAGUACGAGAAGCUACGCUCGGACAUAGUGGUAAAGAUGCAGUUUCUGGAGGAAAAUAGGAUCAAAGUUAUGCACAAACAGUUGCUGCUCUUCCACAACGCUAUAGCUGCAUAUUUUGCUGGUAACGCGAACGGUCUAGAAAAGACGCUACAACAAUUCAAUAUCAGCUUGAAGAGCCCUAAUUCCGUCACCAGUUCGUGGUUGGAGCAGUAGGGCGCUGGGUGGCAUCGUCCAAGCACAUCACCGGUAAUAGCAGAUCGAUGAAUCAUCAUUGUCAUUGAAAGUAUUUGAACUGAAUGUGAUCUUCGAGCUGCUUCGAGUUCGAUGAAGAGCAAGAGCUGAAGUCAGCUGUUUUUUCAUCCUUCAUCCGGCGUUAUCGGAUGCUACCCGAUGCUUCUGGUGCAUAAGCUUACCGGGCAAGGGAGUGACAAAGUUUUGAGAUUUAUUUUCUUCGAUUGAGAUUUCGUUUCGUUUCGUAGCUAUUUAGGUUAUACUACUUAACACCUUGCGGGAUUUCACAUUACUUUCUAGUUAACUUAUUUACAUUUAACUGCACUGCACAAUGGCUGACCUCUUUUAGGUCAAUGUUCCAUCGUUUACAAAAUUGGGUUUGCCGGGCAAAUGCGAUUGUUUCCCUAGCCUAGUCAAUGUAAUCGUAUACUCUUAUAGUUUGUUUUCCUUCGCUUUUAAGUUUAAUGUAAUGCAAAAUCUACCCCGCCUGGCGCGCACUCUCCUUGUUUGCCGCUGCACAUGCUCGACUCAUACACGCACUGAAAUUGUAUCUUUUUGUCCAAUAACAAAAAGCGGGUAAAUCUAUGGUUCACGAUGCAUGUGCUUAGCCACGUCCAUCACGGGCCGUGGGAAGCAUUAAGGGGGGAGUGAACACAUUGGUCUAGCAGUUGUUACUAAUGCGGGAAAACAAAACCCGUCAACCGGGAUCGAGUUGAAUGAGUUUGAGUAGUCACGGAAUUUAUAAGCACUAAGAGACCGCACACCAAGAACACGUAAAAUCCUAGAAUGUAAAUGGUACACAAGUCACACCAAAGCGCUGUACACGUUCAGAUAACAAAAACGAUGAUACGAUCAUGCGAAAGGGGACACACAUGGUAAGGUAAGGGGGGGGGGCGAUUCUCUACACAACACAAUCUCAGAUAGACCACACUCACCAAACGAUGGAAGGAUAGUGCGUUUGAGCGUCGGGAUCAUAUAUAAAAUAGAAUAUAAUGUGAAGCUUGCAUAACGUGAUUGUGUAAAUGGUUGAAAAGUAUGUUCGGUGGUCCGGAUGGCCAACGCAAACGGAUUACAGACGGAAAGAUAUUUUGGUUUUCCAUGUAACAGAAAAUGUAACGUAAAUAAUAGCUUCUGAAAAAUAAUACUUAAACUGAAAGCAGUA